AGCAGCGCCUCUGGUUGGUUGGGCACAGGGGUGGCUUUGACUGCAGCGUACUUCACAUUCAUAAAUACCAAAUUAGCCUCAGUGCGCGAGACCGACAUCUGCUGCGGAGUGCUGUGAUUUUGUCUGACGGCGGGCUUUGCACUGUUGCACUUGUACCAUGGCAGCCGAGCUCUCCACCUCCAUAAACAUUAAAGAGCCACGCUGGGAUCAGGGAACAUUUGUGGGUCGAGCAAAGCAUUUCUUCACUGUCACAGACCCUAGAAACAUCCUCCUGUCAAAUGAACAAUUAGAAAAAGCACGUCAGAUUAUUCAGGAUUACAAAAAAGGGGUGGUAUCACCGGGUCUCACAGAAGAUGAGCUAUGGAGGGCGAAGUAUGUUUUUGACUCGGCAUUCCAUCCAGACACAGGCGAGAAAAUGCUCCUGAUUGGUCGUAUGUCUGCUCAGGUCCCCAUGAACAUGACCAUUACUGGAUGCAUGAUGACGUUCUACAGAACGACUCCAGCAGUUCUGUUUUGGCAGUGGAUCAAUCAAUCUUUCAAUGCAAUAGUCAACUACACCAACAGGAGCGGAGACGCCCCCAUCACAGUAAACCAGCUUGGCACAGCAUAUGUAUCAGCCACCACAGGAGCCGUGGCUACUGCUUUAGGACUAAAUGCAUUAGCAAAGCAUGUGUCUCCACUUAUAGGACGCUUUGUUCCAUUCGCUGCUGUAGCUGCUGCUAACUGUAUCAAUAUUCCACUCAUGAGACAACGGGAACUCAAACAUGGCAUUCCAAUAACAGAUGAGAAUGACAAUCGAUUAGGAGAAUCUUCAAAGGCAGCUCAACAGGCCAUCACACAAGUGGUGGUUUCCAGAAUCCUCAUGGCCUCUCCGGGAAUGGCCAUCCCCCCAUUUUUAAUGAACUCUUUGGAAAAGAAGGCCUUCCUCAAGAGGUUUCCGUGGAUGAGUGCACCCAUUCAAGUUGGCUUGGUUGGGUUUUGCCUUGUGUUUGCGACCCCGUUGUGUUGUGCAUUAUUCCCACAAAAGAGCUCUAUGGCAGUGAGCCGCUUGGAACCAGAGCUGCAGGAGAAGAUUCGAGCCAGUCAUCCUGGAGUAGAGAAGGUCUACUUCAACAAAGGACUGUAAAGACAAACGUUGGUGAAUCUCCUCUCUACUGUAAUGGUUUCACGUACCAUCUAAAACAUCUUUUUGUGUGCCAAAGUUCACCCGGUCUUCUCUAGGACAUCCCAACUCAGUCAUUUUGUAAGAUAUUUUUACAUUUUUGACUGUUUUAAUUGUUUUUAAGUUAAAUCCUUAUUGUUGUUGCCGAUUUGUGCAGGUCUUUUGUCUGACGUGUAUGACGGUGCUCACUACUGUACAUUUAGUAUUUUUUUUAAUUUCUGAAACAAUUUUGUUUGCUGCCAGAUUAUUCCAUGUGCCACUCAAUGCCAUUUUCAGUAAGGAUCAAAGAUGGCUGGUGUUGACCUCCUUUUUUUUUUUUUUUUGGGGUUAGUCUGUAUUGCAUUGUUGUUGUCAGUAUUUCGUGUUUAUCUCUUCAUGAUGGUUGCAGUUUAUUCAGUACUGCCAAAUUUCAUUUCAGUUUCAAGAAAAGUCAUGGAACCUCUUUAUGACAAUAGUGCAAUCCGUUUAAAACGUUGCCAAAUACAAACCUAUGCUGCAAAUUUCCUUAGACCCAGGUUUAAUAAACCAAUAAACUACAGCAUGAGUUUUAAGAAGAGUUUUAUCUAUUUUACUAUCCUCAGUAUUUGAGUUUCACUCUUAGUGUGUAAUACAAGAAUAGUGUGUAUGUUCAUAUGAUUUCUUCUGCCUGCCGACAGUGCAUGAACAAACUUUUUGUAAGUUAAAAUAGUGUGAGGUUAAAGUUCAACGUGUUCUCAUUGACUGUUCCAAAGUCCAUUCCUCUAGCAGUUCAAGGAAACGCAUUGUUUUUCUAUACAAUCUUGUCAAACCUCAGUUGUUUUUUGUUUAAUGAAAGGCCUUGGUUUACCCUCAAAUUUUUCAUGUGCCAUAUUUCGUUACAUUUGUUAAAGUCCUCACUCACAACAAUCUACAUGAAACCUCCUAGAAUAACUAAUAGAAUGCUAAUGUACUCAUUUUCUGUAUCUUUUUCCACACAAAAAAGUGCUACAUUGCCUUUCCUUAAAUCCUGUUCCUAUUUACCAUCUAUAAUACAUAGCAAAAAGUUUGUGGACAACUCCUUUGAAUGGACAGGAUUGAUUAUUUCAGUCAUUUCUGAGGCCAAAUCUUAAUGCAACUGCAUUCAGUGACAUUCUAGAGACUUAGAAUUUACCACCUUUUUAAAAAAAAGAAGAUUGGCCUGCACAAAUCCCCAUCCUUUAGGAUGAAUUGUAACACCGACUGUGAGCCCGGUCCCAUCAUUGGAUCUAACACUCAUAGAAAGCCUUCCUAGAAGAGUGAAAUGUCAAAUAUCAGUAAACGGAUCAGUUAAUGCUUAUAAUUUUCGAAAUUAGGAUUUCAAAAAUCGCAUAUUGUGUUUGGGUGUCCAUGUACUUUUGGCUAUGUUAUAUAUUUUUCGAUUAAUGAUGUUAAUCUUUGUGAACUUUCCAUUUAAUUGAAUAAGUCUCCAUGUGUUGAGGUAUUUAAAUAUGUGUAAUGUUUAAUAUGUAAUGUAAUAAGAGAGUGUAACAGCUCACAGUUAGCUGUGUGUUGAGCACUCUGAUAUUUGUUGUUGUGAGACUGUUUAUGUGCCACAUUUGUUCAGUUCAUGAAUGUAGUGUUGGCAGUAAUGAAAUCAAACUAAGAACACGUACAUUUCCGUGAAUAUGGUGGUAGUUAUAUCGGUAACCAUUCUUUGUUUUUUUGACAAAAGCACAAAAGUCCUUGUUCUUAAAGAUUCUCUGAAGGUUUUCAGUAUUAUUAAUCAUGCUUCUCGGUGGAUGAUAAUGGAUAGGGUUUUUAUAAUGUGUUGAAUAUUAUUUUGUGAUUAGAUCAGGGUCAUCAGCAACACUAACAUGGACAGGGCCCAGGACUAAAUUUUUUUAGGUGGGCUCUGCCUCCAUGAGCGAUGGCCAGAUAGGUGCUCCGAUCAUUCCAGUUCCAUUUCAGAAAUGUGAUACUUACGGAUCUUGUAUAAAUGAACUUAAUUCAUAACGGAUUUAACAUCAAACUGCUCAAGAACUGCUGAUUUGUUCAGGAGAAUCACAACAGCAUUGAAGCCAUGAGAAGUUUUUGAUCUUUAUGAGGUAGUUGGCUUUAUUAAUUAUAUACUAAGUGAAAUGCAAUGUUUUCCUGGACAAAAAUACAUAAACAUAGCAUAUCACUGUUUAUUUCCUGAUCCCAUAAUCAAUAAUUCAAGGCGUCUGCAUACUUGGAACAAAGCGGGAAUAUUCUGAGGUGACAGGUGUGACUCAGUAGUCUACUCUUUAAAUGAACAAGUUGCUCUGAUUCAUACAAUAAUUUGUUUACAGUGAAUGAGAUAGGUGUAAGAUUUUCAAGAUGAAUAUUUUAAAAAUGUUUCUUAUUUUACAGUGAAUGGAGAAAUUGUACUGUGUAGAUUACACUGUACUGUGUGGAUUACCUAAAUAAAGAGUAUUAUAAAGCAA